AUGACAAAGAAGGAUAAGUUUGGAAGAACGAUAGUGAAGAAGCUGCUCCCUCGAGACAAGAUAGAAGAAAUGGCAGAACUAGUGAGAUAUGACCGAGACAUCUCUGAAAAUACAGUGCUACACUUGGCUAUCAUCAAUGGAGGGGAUCCAGAGCUUGUAGAAUAUCUUUUACGAUUUUCAAAUGUGAAUGCCAUCAAUAAUGGAGGACUUAGAGCAACUGACAUAGCUGCUCCUUCAGCAUUUAAAAAUGAAUCCCAUUUUAACAAGAUCACAGCGAUUUUCGAGGAGGCCAGAGGAUCUCGAAGUUUAAUAGGAAAUUCCAGACCUUUGAAUUCAAUGGGGUUCAAACAAGAGAGCACUAUAUUUGAAAAAAUCAUGGAUGUGGACACGUUGGUGGCAUCACUCAUUGCCACCAUCACAUUUGCAGCCAUUUUUACUGUACCAGGAGGAAUUGAUGAUAAGGAUAGUGAAACUGACCAUCCACAUACUGGAGUUGCUCAAAUGGUAUUUAAAACCCUUUUUCAAGUGUUCUUGUUCUCUGAUAGCCUUGCCAUGUUUUCCUCGCUCUCAGUUGUUAUUGCCUGGUUAUUUCGAGAACGGUUAGAAACAAAGCUUUUUGCAGAUCAUUCAUUAUUGGCCAAGUUAUCAGUUUUAAGCUUGGGGACUUCCAUAAUCUGUACUGGACUUGCAUUCUUGAAUGCAACCAUCCUAAUCACAGUACCCCGUAAUUCUAAAGAAAUGAAAGAUCAUCAUGAAUAUGAAUUGUUGUUAUGGGGUGAGAUAUUCACAGCUUUUUUGGCACCAGCACUUUCGCUCAUUACGCUGUCAAUUUUGUGGACUAUUGAGUAUAAUUUCAAAGCUACAGUGGAAAUCCAAGCCUGA